UGGCCGGCGCAGGAGGUGACUGGGCGGGCGCCGUCGGCACGCCUGUGCUUUUCUCCCCCAAUUGGUGCCCACAUGGCCAUAUCGAUUCAAGCGCCAGGUGAAGACACCCCUCUACAUGUGUGGCGUCACCGCGACCAGUUUGACUAUUCAAGCCAAGGAAACAUACGAUAUGGCUGGGGGUAGCACGGAUGCAGCAACCAAGGAGAUGGAGGCAUUGAAUGUUGGGCAAACCAAGGAAACAAAUUAUAUUCUGAAAAAUGUGUCAGAUAGCAAUGGUGGCGCCACGGGAGGAGCUCAGUCGUCACCACCAGUAGAUGAUGAUGAUGCACAAGUGGAUGGUCCAUCUGAAGAUGGAGCAGGAGCUCCAGCGGCUGCGAAGAAGAAAAAGAAGAAGAGCAAGGCUACCUCCGCGGCGAGGCCAUUCUAUGCCAGCCCGGCCAUCAACGCCGUCCAGAUGAUCAUGUUUGGCUCCGAGAUGCCGUUGAAGGCUGCGACAGCUGAGCGCAUCCCUCCUCCGCGUUUCAGGUACAUGGUGAUGAGGACGCUGUAG